AUUAUAUAAACACCUCAGCUCUCACAUCUCUGCUCGUUGUGGUGCGAAGGACAUCGUUGAUAUAUGCGAAAAGGAUUUGAGCUAUCUUGAGGGAAGUUGCAUGUAGUGUUCCCAUUCGAAAGCUUCCCGGGUCAAUCCAUACAACCAACCAUCAGCCGAUCCAACAAGAUAACUAACUCUCUUGGAUUGCAAGGUGUCUAUUCAGCAACUCCCUCUCAAGAAAGACUCCAAUCAUCAACAACAAUAGGGACAGAUUCCACACGAGACAUGACGAGAUCGGGAAAUGAUAUCGGAUCGGAUGAUUCGAAGGAUAACCAGAGCACUGCUUCCAGAGAUACUAUCAGGAAGCUGUUGACAUCCUACCGAUAUCCGGGCUACCCUCCGAGUGAUCUCUCGAUCCAUUCUUCCUUCGAGCAGCCUCAUCUGACAUUCGAUAGAUCUACGAACCGCUUCAGUUGCAAUCCCUCUGAUGGAGCACACUUUCAACCGCUAAACUCUCCGUCGGACUCUGCCGCCAAGCCCCCGAUCACUGGCCCCAGAAUUCUGGUUUACAUGAUCCCUGGAAACCCUGGCUUGGUAGAGUUUUAUGACCGGUUCCUUUCGGUUUUGUGCUCCUCUUUCGACGCGAUCGGGGGAUGUGAGGCUGUCUGUUGUGGCCAUCUCGGCCAUUCAUUGCGACAUAACUCUAACUUGGAUCUCAGAUUCCUGGACAAUUUCAAACUUUGGAAUCAUCUGUUCGACUCGUCUUCUUCAUCUGAUCCGACCCCGAACCAUGGCCGUCAAUCGUCUCGCGAAAUUAAUCCUCCAGCUGCUGGUUCCUUGGCUGAUCAAAUCGAAUUUCAUUGCCAUCUCGUCGGUCAAAUCUUGCACGAAGGUAUCAAAGAUCCGACCCAUACUAAGUUGGUCAUCAUGGGCCAUAGCGUUGGUGGAUAUAUCGCCACAAAGGUACUUGAAAGAUACCCGGAUCAAGUGAUGCACAUCAUCGGCCUAUUCCCGACGCUUUCGCACAUUGGUCGAUCACCCAACGGGCUCCGAUUGAGGCCAUUAUUCUCGCCGAUCUUACUCCCUUUCCUGAACAUACUCCAAAUCGUGUUUUGUUUGACUUUACCCAAGAUGAUCAUCUGUCGUCUGAUCACACUCUACUAUAGUCCCAUCAGUGGUACCAGGAACGAUCAUCAACCAGUCAACAAGAAUCAGCUUAUGAAGGCGAAAGAUUUAUCGGAACAGAACUUGUUGAUCAUCCUGAACUUCAUCCUGAACAUCAACUCCGUCACUGCUGUCUUGAAGAUGGCUCGAUCAGAAAUGAAAUCGAUUUGUGAAUUAGAUCGCCAAUUCAUCCACCGAUUCAACCGACAAAUGACGCUCUUCUGGGCUAGUCAUCAAGCCGAUGAAUGGGUAGGCGAGACCGAAAUCACUGAGAUUAUCGAUCUACUCAAUCUUUAUUCCGAGCCUACUCAUGACACUCCGAGCGAAGAAAAUCAUUCAAGACUUCGUCCGACCCAUCAACCCUCAGAUCUUGAAGCUCCCACUAGUAUUGAUAAUCAACCUCCACCCACCUUCGAGGACAUGGUGAUCGAAAAUCAAUCGCAUGUUAGUCCUACUGAGAAAGUUCCUGUUUGGAAGAGAAUGAAAGAAGGCAUACCGCAUGCGUUUUGCUUGAAGGACAAUGAAGUGAUGGCAAAAGAAUGUAGUGCACUGAUCAAGCAACGAUUGUCUAAUUGAAUCUCUUGGACGGAAGCUCUCAUGUAUACUUCAGAUAAUAGACAGGAUCUGAAAUGUAUAAGCUCAUAUAAUAUUCAAUUUCUUUCAGGUUGUUUCAUGUAGAGGCCAGAGUGGGUUUCUUUCUUGCCUCUGUUUCUAUUUUUCUAUGACUCUAGAGGGUAAUCAAGUGAUAUGGCAAAUCAAUGUAAUGGGCAUUGAUCAAGCGUUGGUUGUCUCAAUUGUAAUCCUUCAUACUCUAGCAUGCUUAGACUCCAGAUCAUAGACCUGACUUGAAUUGUAUAAGUUGUAUAAUAGACUGUUUUCUUAUAAAAAGAAAGACAUACACUCUGCC